AUGUCUUCCUCCAAAAUAACUCAACACUUUCGUGGGACGAUUUUUCAAAAUCAUCUCGCUAACCGUCGAGUACUAUUCCUUCAGUCGCCGAGUCUUAUGUUGAGAAACUUGAGACCUGACUUAUUUCAAUCAUCACUUUCGAGAUCUUACGCAAACUCUUCACCUGCUCCCCAUACGUCUCCCAAAGAGUCUACAUCGUCCUACCUGAACAAAUUCACAAAAUACACUGUAAAACGGCUUCCGUUUUCAACACCUUUUUGUUAUUUGUAUAUUGCUAUAUUGGCGAACAUAAUUGGAACUGUCAUUGUUGGAGGUAUAUCGUGGGAUCUUCUAUACACUUGGUAUCAGAAUAGAUGUAACGAAUGUCUCCUCAACGAGACAGUGGAAAAGGGCACUCGACCUUAUGUGAGAGUUUCAGGAGACAAAUUGGUUCCUCGACCUGUAAUUAUGGAGCGUCUUAAAAAGAUUCUUCAGCCUGAUGAAGACCAAUCAUAUUAUCAUGUGGUUUGUGGAGAACACGGAACUGGGAAAACCACGUUAACCAGAAUUGCGUCAAGGAAAGUAGGGAAGGAUAAGGACAAGGGUAUACAGGGUGGAAUGGGUGUCAUAUACGUUGAAAUUCCUGCUGAUGCAAAAGAUAUAGAGAACUUUGGCAUAGCAUUUGGAAAAUCUCUUAACUUUGCAUUUGAGGAAUGUAUCUCUUUUACGGGACAGUUUAUGAAUAAAAUAUUAGGUCAUACCAAUAGUAAAGAUGAGCGUUCCAAGUGGAAAAGAGCCUUAGAAGCCUUCAAGCGUGCUAGUGCAGUGUACGAAGCAAAACACAACAAACCUCCAGUCAUUGUUUAUGACAACGUCAGCCGAUUGGUUCAUAAGAAUCCGGAUAUCCUUGAUAUUCUCCAGGAUGAUGCAAAGGACAAUGCCGAUUUCAGUAAAUACAUUGCAGUAUUUGUCUGUAGCGAAGGUUCAGUUCCUCGAAGAAUGGAAUCUCGUAGUGCUUGGUCACGUGCAGACAAACCAGUGAUAGAAAUCGGAGACCUUAGCGAGGAAGAAUCAAUGGAAUAUCUAAUCGACAAGCGCAAGAUCAACUCUGCUAGACAACCCUUUGAAGUCAUUAAAGCGCAAGUCUUUGGUACAGUUUAUGAUAAUCUUGAGAAGGCAGAAAUGAAUCCACGUCAACCAUAUCAUGAGGCGGCAAAAAUUAUAAUAAGAGCUUUGUUAAAUUCCGAUGGUAUGAUUCAUGUUAGUAAGAUUCGAGAAAUGGCCAAAGUGGAACCAAGCAAGUUGUUGGAUGGUAAUGUAUUUGCAUAUCACCCUCAAAAUAAGACUUUUUAUGAUUUACAUGACUUCAAAAAUUUUCAAUAUUACAAAAUAAGACCUUGCAUGAGAGAAAUCGCUCAGGGAUCCAAAGCCCUUGACCAAGUCAAAAUGAACGUUCCUAUUCUUUAG